AUGUGGGACCUGCGCAAGGGGGCCACCAUGGCUACACUCACCUACCACAAAAAGAGUGUGAGGGCUCUGGCGGGCCAUCCCACUGAGCACACCUUUGUCAGUGCGGGGGCUGACAACAUCAAGAAGUUCAAGCUGCCUGGUGGUGACUUUUUGCACAACACGCUGAGCCAGCAGAGGGCCAUUGUCAACACGCUGGCUGUCAACGAGGACGGGGUCAUGGCGAGCGGAGGGGAUGACGGCAGCCUCUGGUUUUGGGACUACAACAGCGGGCACUGCUACCAGCAGGUGGAGCCCGUGGUGCAGCCCGGGUCCCUGGACUCUGAGGCCGGCGUGUACGCCGCGUCCUACGACAUCACGGGGUCGCGCCUCAUCACCUGCAACGCCGACAAGACCAUCGGCUGCUACAGGCCAGUGGAGGACGCCACGCCGGAGAGCGCGCCGGGGCUGCCCUACCACCCACCAUCCACCAUACGCAGGUUCUGA